AUGGACAUUUCGGACAUGAAACUAGACAAAAAUUUUGAAUUACAAAAAGCUUUCGAUUGUUUGGUGAAAAAUCAUGCAGUAUGGAAAAACAAAAAGAAAAAACGGAUAGAAAAUCACAUAAAAUAUGGUAUCUUAUUAGAUGAAAAGAAGGAUGUAAAGGAUUUUGCAAACAAAAUAUCAAGUGCAUUAGAAAAUGUAUGGAAAACUCAGCACUAUGCCAUGUUGAAAAAUGCUCUUGAUAAUGUUAAUGAAGAUACAUAUGUUGCGGAAGUGUUGACACCUAUAUUAACAGCAACUUUUUCUGAAUUACCUGUUUCUGCAAAUUAUCAGACAAACUGGGGUGAAACAGAAAGUCUUUCGAGUAAGGCGCGUAAACAGGGUCAUGUGAAUAAACCAGACUUUAAGUUGCGUGUAAAACUUGGUGAUAAAAAACUCGAACUAGUAAAUAUGGAAACCAGUCGACCAGAAUUUGAUUUAAGAAAGCAAAAGUCUAAUCAUAACAGAUUAGCACGUGGUGCCAAAGAUACUUUUGAAUACUUUAGUAUUUCGAAAAAUCAAAAAAAAUUUGAAUUCGAAGAGCUGGCGAAAAUAUUUUACCUUAAUAUUAAAGGGAAAUACCUUUCUAUUCAUGUUUUUUCUCAAACGAAAGAGAAAUAUUAUUGUUUCGUAAAAAUAGAUCAGGCAGAGAUUCCCCUGUUUCAAAGUAAACCUGAAAAGGUGUAUAAACUAAUGCAACUAUUAUUAGAAUUACGG